AAAUACUUGUUCAUCGGUGUUUAUAUUUACAUUCUCUCCGUCCAAAAACCUUGCAUCGGAAGUUCAAGGACUUUUCAAACACAGGAUGAAGGAUAAAGACUCACGGAUGGAGAAUGAUUGGCAAAAUUCAAUUAAAGAUGCAGAUAAUGCUAUCAAAGUUAAAACUUUAACUAAUGAAAUUCAGAGAUUAAAAAUGCUUAUCAGCAAGAUCACUGAGAAUAUGGCAUGGGGUAACUCAGUUGUUAAAGUUGUCUUUAGAGAUGAAUUUUAUGAAGAGAAAUAUAGAUCAAAACUGGAAAAUUUCUUGAAGGAUAUAUUGGACAGAGAUGAGCAUUUCACUAUGAAUUCUCAGAUAUAUGAUAAAGGAGAACAAGAAUUUAGCAAACUUCAGUCAACUUUGGAGGCUGAAAGAUUAAAUUCAUCAUCUAGUACUGACCGAAAAACAGCAGAUACAGUACCUCUUUACUCAUCUGCAUUCGAAGAUGUUUUACAUUGUGAUAAACCAGAACCUGAAGAAAAAAACAUUGAAGAAAGAGUGCAGACUAUGACAUGUUUUAAUUGUCUUGGUGAUCAUCACAUGAAAGACUGUCCUGAGAAAAUUAAUCGUUCUAAAAUAGCUGCAAAUCGAAAAGAUAUUCUAAUGGAAAAUUCUAGUCGAUAUCAUGAAGAAGAAAGGAAAAAUUCAAUCAAACCAGGAACUAUCAGCUCUGAAGUUCGUAAAGCUUUAGGUUUAAAGGACAAUCAGUUACCGCCAUAUAUAUACAAAAUGAGAGUAAUAGGGUACCCACCUGGAUGGAUGGAUGAUGCUAAACUUGAAACAUCAGGAUUGUCCUUGUAUGAUGAAGAAGGCAAAGCUAUUUCUGAUGGCGAAUCUUCUGAAGCAUCAGAAUAUGAAAAAAAAUAUGAUUCAAAAAAAUUUAUAGAAUAUCCAGGAUUUAAUUGCCCUCUUCCUCCCAAUGUCAAAGAUGAGUGGAAAAGUAUGGGUAUGGUUCCAAUUCAAGCUCAUCAACAAUUAAGUGAAGUUUUAAAGGCAGAAAAUACAGUUAAUGCUAAUAACACAAAUAAAAGAAAAAAUGUUAAUUCAGCGGAAGAAGAGGAAGCUAAGAAGGUUCGAAAUGGAACAAAUGAUGCUAAUGUCUCAUUUUCGCAAUUGCCACCUGAAAAUUGCUCAACACCCAAAAAACAAGAUUCUCAUUCGUUUAAUACUUCUAAUGGCACAUCGAUACAAAAAUCACUAGGAACCUCAAUAUCCCAAUCUCCAGGUACUCCGAUCCUCCCACAGGGAAAUCGUUUUAAAAAGCUCCCAGAACUCGAUAAAUUUGCUCAAGGAAUUACCGAACAUUUACCUUUCGAAAAUCUUCCAGAUUCUGUAGGUAAAUACGAAAAAAUGAGAGAUGUUCUAAGCAAUGUGCAGAAAAAACUUCAAACCUUAAAAAAAGAUAGUUGAUGUUUGUUUAGU